AAGUUUGGGAUGCCUAAGUUUGGAAUGUAUAACCAAUGACGUAUAUAUAUAUAUACGUCAUUGUGUAUAAAUCUAUGACCCUACAUCGACGCGCGUCGGUAUCGCUAUAAAUAGCCGUAUGGGGAAAUUCAUAAAAAAAAUAUAUUGCUAUCAGUGUCAUGCGCUCUUCAUUGCACACCAGAACUCUGCCAUGAUAUCCAAAUUUGCAUUCGUGGAAACGAAGAUCAUCAUACCUGGUGGAAGUUAAGUUGGUAUUAUUUUUCGACGUUAGACAUACUGCUAAGCGGAAAUGGAUGAUAUCACGACAUUGGUUUUGCUGUCUCUUGGAAUGUCGAUUGGAUGUUACCUUUCUGGUUUGAUUCCAUUAGCUUUCACGCUUUCAGAGGAAAAAUUAAAGUUAGUUACAGUAUUGGGGGCAGGCUUACUUGUUGGUACAGCAUUAUCGGUUAUCAUUCCAGAAGGUGUUCAUGCUAUGUAUUCAAGUGGAAGAAGACAUGGCGCUAGUUAUCAUCAUGUUGAAAAAUUAGCGCCUGAGACUAUUAGGAGGAAUGCAAACAUCAAAUUAAUACAUUCCAAUGUUAAAGAAGAUGGUCUUGAAGAUUCCCAUCAUGAUAUGUCUGAAGAGCACAGUCGUAUUGGCAUUAGCUUGGUGGCUGGUUUUAUAUUUAUGUUAUUAGUUGACCAGUUAGGUGGUUCACAUUUUCAUGCUGCUUCAGAUUUAGAAUCUGGAAGUGAAGCUUUAGCACAUAAUAGAAAUAAAAUUACAGCAACUGUGGGUUUAGUAGUACAUGCUGCUGCUGACGGUGUAGCAUUGGGAGCUGCUAUUACAUUAGCUGAAAAUCAUAUUACAAUGAUUGUCUUCAUAGCUAUUAUGUUACAUAAGUCACCUGCAGCAUUUGGUUUAGUGUCAUUUUUGCUUCAUGCAGGAUUUGAGAGAUCUAGAAUAAGAAAGCAUUUAUUGAUCUUUUCUUUAGCUGCCCCUCUUCUUUCAUUUGUCACAUAUCUCUGUCUCAGUAAGCAAAGUAAAGAGACACUGUACGACAUGCACACAACUGGAAUAGCCAUGUUAUUUAGUGCUGGUACUUUCUUAUAUGUUGCAACAGUUCAUGUUUUACCAGAAAUCUCUACAGGAAAAUCACUUCAUACCAGUGUAGAUGGGACAAUUAUUGUUAGAGAACACAAAGGCUUUAAAAAAAUUGAAUUAUUGGCUCUGGUUACAGGAUCGGUAAUACCGGUGGUUUUAUCAGUUGGUCACAAACACUAAAACAAUAUUUACAAAAACAAAAUGAAAUAAAAGAAGAACAAUUA